AUGUCUGCUGGAGACAGCCCAGCCUCUGUGGCAUCUCAUACACGUAUCUCUGAUAUUCUCGCUGCUCUUUCGCUCGAGGAGAAGCUCUCCCUCCUUGCUGGUGCUUCUCCAUGGCGCACUACCGCAAUCAAACGAGUUGGUGUACCGCCUCUAAAGGUUAGUGAUGGCCCUUCGGGCGCGCGCGGCGAAGUAUUUGGCGAAAAUGUUCCCGCAGCUUUCCUGCCAUCUGGUGUCAGCCUUGGAGCCACGUGGGACGUGAACCUUAUGGAACGCAUUGGAGGGUUGCUUGCAGAAGAGUGUAAGACUAAAUCUGCCUCUGUAUCACUCGCUCCGACAAUGUGCAUUCACCGUCACCCUCUAGGAGGUCGCAAUUUCGAAUCUUUUAGCGAAGAUCCAUUUCUUACAGGCAAACUAGCCUCAGCUCAUAUCCGGGGCAUGCAGUCUCGUGGCAUUGGUGCAACACCGAAGCACUUUGUUGCCAACGACCAGGAAACCAAGCGCUUCAAAGUCAGCGCGAACAUCAGCGCGAGGGCUCUGCGAGAAGUAUACCUGCUCCCCUUCCAAAUGAUGGUCCGUGAAGCGGACCCGUGGUGCAUGAUGACCGCUUACAACAAGGUCAAUGGCCACCAUUGCGAUGCGUCCAAGGAGCUCCUUAUAGACAUUGCUCGGGACGAAUGGAAGUGGAGCGGUGUGUUCAUGAGUGACUGGGGUGGUACUACUUCCGCUGUUGCCUCAAUCAAUAAUGGGCUCGACCUCGAGAUGCCUGGACCACCCCAACAUCGGUCUCUGGAAGCCCUCAAAGGGCCUCUCGCGGACGGAGCUGUUGAUUUAAAGCGAAUUGAUGAGUCGGCAUAUCGUAUGUUAAAUCUUCUAGAGAGGACAGGCCGCUUUGAGGAUGAUAGCGACGAGCCAGAAUACACCAGCAAUGACCCUACCAUUGGGGCCCUACUACUUGAAGCAGCGGCAGCUGGCAUCGUUCUGUUGAAGAACCAGCCCAAUGCUCUCCCACUCAAAGCUGACGAGCAGAGUAUUUCCAGAUUGGCAGUUGUUGGGCCAAAUGCUAAGAGAAUCGCGUGGCGGGUGGGGGUCACCGGGCACGGCACUGAGGUUGUAUUCCACGAGGGCGCCAGAAUGAACAGAUAUCUCCCGGCGCCUUCAAAAAGCGCCAGAAAUCCCGACACCGGCAUCCACGGCGCAUGUGUCGACUGGUUUUUUGGCCACGAUUUCUCCACUGGAGUGGUCACCAAAACGCACAUUGACGACCUCUACUUUAUAAAUUUCGGAGACGUUCCAAAGGAAAUUGGCCGACCAACAGACUUCUGCUUCCGAGUUCGCACUGUACUCACGCCCCUCACGACAGGCACACAUAAGCUCUCUUUAGCAUCGAUGGGACCGGCAAAACUUUUCGUGGAUGGUAACCAAAUUCUACAACAGUCGGGAGAUUUCAGUACAAGGGCCAGCCUAUUCUUCACGUAUGGCAGUGACGAAGUUGUGACUGAACUCUUCAUGGAAGCAGGGAAAGAUCACGACAUCCGGAUCGACUAUCUAUCGCACGACAGACAAUUAGACCCAUCUAUAGCUCCUUUGAUGGAUCCAAUGGAGAACAUCUUCCAAGGUGUCCGACUCGGAUUUCAGGAAGCCAACGACAGUGAUCUUCCCGCUGAGGCUGGCGUUUUGGCUAAGACCUGCGAUGCCGCAAUUGUCGUGGUCGGACGCGACAAGGAAUGGGAGACCGAGGGUCACGACAUACCUAUCUUCGAACUCCCAGGAGAACAGGUAAGGCUGAUCCGUGAGGUGGCGGCCAAUUGCAAACGUACAAUUGUGGUUGUCCAAGCAGGAACACCCGUCAACAUGUAUCCCUGGAUCGACCAGGUGGAUGCUGUGCUAUACACGUGGUAUCAAGGUCAGGAGCUUGGUAACGCCGCAGCACAGGUUAUCACUGGCAAGGUCAAUCCAUCGGGUAGACUGCCCAUUACGUUCCCUCGCGACCUGAGGGACUGUCCCGCUUAUUCGUCAUUCCCUGGUGAGCAAAACGAAUCGCACUACUCAGAAGGUCUCUAUGUCGGUUAUCGUUGGUGGGACCUGGUUGGGACCAAACCUCUGUUUCCCAUCGGCUAUGGUCUCUCGUACAAUGGUUUCUCGAUCUCCCCAGCUGGAAUUGACUCUACUACACUCACGUUGGAGAAGGGGGUGACCGUGACGGCCACGGUGCGCAACACUGGGGGAUAUGAUGUUGCUGGUGCGCAAAUCGUGAUCUUCUUCGCUAAGCAGGUCUCAGCUUGCAGGCUGGCACGCCCGACAAGACAUAUUUGCGGCUUCGCCAAGACCAGUCGGCUCACGUCUGGCCAGGAGGAGGUGGUCUCGAGUGUCAUUGACGCAUAUGCUCUCGGCAUGUUCGAUGCGAGCAAGAAACGAUGGGUUAUUGAUGCUGGGUCUGAAUUCGAAAUCCACGUGGGUUCAGACGCUGAGCAUACCGAGUGUGGCUGGCGCAUCACUGUACCUGAAGAGAUAUCAUGGACUCAUAUACUUGGUGACGGAAUUGGCCCCGAGUUGUAA